AUGAGGUGCACUGGGAUUCCGUACCGGGGCUCAAAAGGUAGCGGUGGCGCGUCCGUUGUGCUGAACUGCGUGCCCAGCAGUAGCAGUAGCAGUAGCAACAGCAGCAGCGGCGGCGACGCGUGGGAGGCGCCUACCGAGUUUCAGUCGCGUAACGUGAGCUGGUGGAAGGCUGUCGAGGUGGUGUUGGCGCCGCACACCGCCGAGGCGCAGACCGUGACGGUGUCCGCGAACGUGACGGUGGUGGACUCGGUGUCGCCGCGCGCCGUGGUCGUGGAGGUGUGGCGUGUAGUUCGGUGUAUCCCGGGCUCGCGCUCUCUGGUGUCUUCAGCCGUGAUGUUGCAGCCGUUGGUGGUGGAGAGCAGAGAGGUCGAGCCGGCGCCGCUGUCGCUGAGCGCGCUGAACGUGCUGAUGGAGUCGCUGGACCAGUCCGCGGUGUGGCCGGAGUACUGGUCCGUGGACGUGGAAGUUCACGGGCGCGACCUCGGCGCUUCUGUGAGCGGCUUGGCUCUCGACGGGAAUUCGUCGGAGGUGGAAGAGCGUGGUGGGCGUGUCGAACGUGUCAGCGGUCUGCCGAGCGGGCCGGUGGCGUCGUUUGCGGGUGUCUUCCGUGGGUCUAUAGUACUGGUGUUCGGCCACAUGCGCACUGCGGCACUAAAGGCGGAGAUCGUGGACGCGUUGCGACCUGGAAGCUGCGCACGAUAUUGUUGGCGAACCGACCGCUGUGCUGGACCGGCUGGUGAGUUUGCAGUCGCGCAACGUGAACUGGUGGAAGUGGUGUUGGCGCCGCGCACCGCCAAGUCGCAGAUUCGGCUGUCGCUGAGCGGAUUAAAUGUGGUGGUCGAGUUGGUGGACAACAAGUAG